AAUGUUAUUUUGCUCAAAUUGUAUAAGAAAUAAUAACUGGAUGGAAGAAAAUUUGGGAACAUGUAAAAACUGCAAUCCAGGAAUGUCAAGGAUGCAAAGCUGGACAGGGGCAAAUUAUGAUAAUCCGCUGCGGGAAUUUCUUAGAUGGUUAAUUUCUGGACUUGGAAAAGAGAGAACUGGUCGCACAUAUGCUAUUUCCCAUUAUGGAGGGUGGGAGUUUUUACAAAUAAUUAAGUCAAUAAUUAUUUAG